AUGAUGCUAAUACUGAUCCUAUCAAUUUCUCAAUAUGUGAAAGGUAAUAAAGAACUUGCGCUUGCUUCAAUGUCCGAGAAAGGACUUCCACCAAAUCCAUGGUCUUGUGUGACAAAGACAAUGCAAAUUCCUAAUUGUGUAGAUGCAGUGAAACAUUUCAAGCUCAGUAAUAUCACAAGCGAUUGUUGCUCCGUUCUACUCGGUGUUAUGCAUGAUUGUUUUGGGAUUUUGUUUCCGAUGGGCUUUGUCAAUCGUGUUAUGAUUAAAGUUUCAUGUAAAGUAUUAGGCAUAGGCAGUUAA